GCCAGUGGGCCGCCCCCUUUGGCCCGAGGGUGCCGGGGGAGGACGCGCCAGCAGCAGCAACACUGCUGCGCCCACCGGGUCGGCACGGAGAUGAGGCGGGGAAAGCGCCCCUUAGCACCGCCGCGGCCGCCCCUCUGGACGAACCCCCGCUUGGUCACGUGCCUCUGCCGAGGCUGCCUGUGCCUCCUCCCGCGCUGCUCUCCCUUCUCGUCCUCUAUGGUUGGUCCUCCACGGGGGCAGGGGGGGGUAGUUGGAGGGACGCGCAGGCGCAGCAGACGUUCGCCGAUGGGCGAUUCUGAGGACGAGUUCCGGGAGGUCCGGGGCGGCCUGAAGGCGGGGGCUCCUAAGGGAGGUCGCCGCCCUCGCCGGGGCGCUUCUCUCCUGCGGACGGAGCGGGGCGAAGCGGCGGCGAAGAGGUCGGGGAAGGUCCGGGCUGGAGGCGGCCCCCCCUCAGGAGGAGACCCCGUGGCGGCAGGAAGAGGAGGAGGAGGAGGAUGGCGCCGCCCGGUGCAGUUAGCGGAGCUGGAGCUGGAGCGGGCGGCCCCGGACCAGCAGGAGCUCCCAACAGCCUCAGCCGAGGAGGAGGAAGAGGAGGAUCCCGCUGGGAGCCUGUCCGCUUGCCAGCAGGGCGCUGGGAGGGGUGGUGGUGGCGCUGAUCAGACUUGGAUGUGCCGCGAUGUCACUUUGGCCAUAGCCGUUCACCAGGAGCUGCAGCAACUCAGUCCGAAAGAGGCAGGCUUGGUGCUGUGCCAGAUCUGCCAGAAGGAUCUCUCUGCCAUGAAUUCCGCCCAACAGCAGCAGCACGUCAACAGGUGCCUAGAUGACAUGGAGAAGCUUCAUUCCUCAUCUGCCAGGGGCCCAGGCAUUCCCGAGUGCCCCAUCUGUGGAAGGGGCUUUAGCACCCUCAAGAGCCGAGGCGGCCACUUGAAGCGCUGUGCUGUCAGGAUGGAGAUCUCCCCCACUGUGCUUCUCCAGGCAGUGCGUCAGCAGAGCUUGGCCCUUGGCAAUGACCUUCCUGCAGACCAAAGUGGGUUAAAGCGAAAAGGUGCCUCUUCUGUGGACCACUUAGCAAAGAAGCGCAAGACGGUGGCCAAAAAGGAUGGCACGGCUGAGGAUCUGUUGGUUGCUAUAGCAAUGUCACGCUCUCUCCUGGAGGAAGAGAAGGCCAAAUUGCUGACUGGAAGGAGGCAGGACAACGUUUUGCAAAUCAAGAAGCCCCCAAAUGCAGGGAAGAAGAGCCGUGCAAGGCCUGGCCCCCCACUGCCUCCACUAUUGCGCCAAGACCCCCAAAAGGCCCGCCAACAGACUGAGGAGCGUGUGGCAUUGCUGCUCUCUGAAGCAGGAGGAUUCUCCAGCACCCCUCCACUACCCCCCAGCCAACUCAUGGCUGCUGAGGAGGCCGGGGGAACAGGCCGGCCCCUGGCAUUACCCAAAGGCCUGGAUGGUUCUUUAUGGGAGUUCAGCUCGUUAACGAGAGUGGGUGCUCCAGAGAGCGUCUGUGCUGUGGAUUUCACCUGUCCUGUUCUGUCGCAGAUGCCUGAUGAGAAACCAGCACUGGGACCCGGCAGGCCAACAGAGAUGGAGCAAGGGUUCUCUGAUGCUGGACUUCUCCGAGGAAGACUCUAUGGAGAGACUCAAGAGGGCAGCCCUGGAGGUGAAAGGGAGAAGCAUGCUUGCAGCCUGAAAGAUGUUGAGACUCUGCAGGAUCUUGUGGAGCUGGCUGGAGAAGGGCUCACCCUCACCCAGUGGAACCUGGAUGUUCAGCAGCUGGAGGGGUCCGGUCAAGAUCAGGUUCUUGGUGGUGUCCUGAAGAGCAAUUUUGUCCAGCCACUAGAGAAGCAGCUGCUGCAAAGAAGCUGUUGUCAAAUGCUCCUACUUGGCUCAUUGGCUGAUGCCUUCAGGGCGAUGGUUAACAACCCCCAUCUGAGUGACAUUCAGUUCCAGGUGGACAGUGGGGAGAUCCUCUAUGCCCACAUGUUUGUGCUUUACGCACGGUGUCCACAGCUUAUGGAAAUGGCUGACCACAAAGGUAUCACAGUGGCCGAAGAAGGGGGUGCUCAGACCCGCCGUGUGCUGCUGAACGAUGUGCCAGGGGAAGCCGUUGCUCUGUUCCUGAAGUACCUCUACACAGCUGACCACUCACUUCCUCGCCAUGUGCUGUCAGAAGUGGCUGCUCUGGCCACGAGGUUUGGAGUGACUGAAUUGGCUGAUCUGUGUGGAAGUCAAUCUGGCAUUACUGUAUCUGAGGAAGAGGAGGGUGAAGUCAGAGCUGAGACCUUUGAGGAACUCUUGAAGUCCAUGUGGCUGGAUGAAGAUGAAGAAGCUUUGCUGAAAUGUAGACAACAAGAGAAAACAGACCUUGAGACCGUAGGAGAGCAGGAACUAGAGGAGAUCUAUGAGUUUGCUGCCACCCAGGGAAAAGCUGCUCAAGAUGGGGCAGAGAAGCAGAGAGCAAGCAGUGAGAGCAAGCAGAGUGCAGGGAAAGGACAGGUGGUCCAUCAUGGCACCUCCCCAAGGAAGGUGCUGCAGGAGCCUUCGGCAGACAUGGCUGUUACAGAACGCAAAGGAAACCUUCACCUUGAACUACCCCCGUGGAAAGUCUGUGAUGCCGGUAGCCAAGUGGACUUAAGAAGACCUCCUUUUGAGCCUGAGCAAGACACCAGCGAGACAAACCCUCUUGGAGCAACCACCAGAAGACAGCCCCGAACGAAGUCUCUGCUUGGGGUGGCCAAGGAAAAUUUGGAACUCCACGAGAAGUCCGGGGGCCUCUUUUCUGUCACACAGGGGGAGUGUUCUGAGCUCUUCCAGCAGAGCCAAAGUGCCACACAGCUGAAUGUUAGCCUGGUCAGCAAAGGUCCUGGAGCUCAAAAAUUUCCCAGCCUCUUCCAGGGCCCAGAGUCACAGAAAGAACUUGGGUCAACACUGAGGGGGUGUUCCAGGGACCUUGGUAUGCAUGUGUCUGUUUUGCCCCUGGUAUCGUCUCCCAAAUUGAGGACAAAAUGUUCCAGAGACCCCUCAGAAGUUCUCUCACGUUUUCCAUCUGAAUCACAGCCAAGCACGCUUCGUAGGCUCUCUUCCUCUCAGAACAGUGAGCAGGAAUGUGCACAGGGCAAGAGUGUGGAUCCACACAGCAAUCCAGAGAAGCCAAUAGGUGGCUCAACUCCAUCUCUCAGUGUGAACUGGGACGAUAGCCUUAUUGUGGUCUUGGAUUCUGAUGAAGAGGUGGAGCGGGAGCAAGGGAAGGAGCAGGUGGAUGUUGCAUUUUCCUUCACUGAACCCAGCCUUUCUGGACAACAGUCAGGGGCUUCUGAAUGUAAGCUGAGCCUGGGUGCAGAUGUGCCCAGUUGCCAGAGGCUGCCCCCACACUCAUUGGGCCCUGGGGAACCUUUGCUGGGGGUGUUCGUUUGUGGUGAAGCAGUUCCUCAGGGUCAGGGGCAGCAGCUUUUAAGGCUGAGCAGUGAUGAAGAAGACAACUGGGAUGAAUGCUUGAGUUGGAGGGAGGGAGGGAAGACGCUCGUGCCAGACACGCCUCCACUGGGCAGGAAUGGGUGCAACAACACACAGCCCACCGUGAAGCCUCCGUCAGAAGAGCAAUGGACUGGAGAGACUGCGGCGAGCCAACCCACUCCCAGCAAGGCCACAAGCCUUUUUCCAGCAAGAGAGUCUCUGAAGGGCUUGCUUUCCGCUGGCAACAGCCCGCCCGGCAGCGGCCAUGUGGUGGUUGUGUACGAUAGUGAAGAGGAGUUGGAAGCAGGAGCACCUUUGCCAUGGAGUGCCUCCGUUGUGCCAGGGGAGGAGCCACCCAUUUUGGAGGAGGCUGUUGGCAGCGUUCUUCCUAUUACAGCAUAUGCCAAAAAGCAACUCUUGACUCCACCACAAGCUUUGGGAGGGCGGGAUGACGGCCCUCCUGCUGGGAGUCAUGUGGCGCAGAGAAGUGCAGAUUCAUCAGGGGGCAGCAGGCGGGACUGUGAUGACUUGACUGAAGAAACUUCUCACAACAGCAGUGCCCUUCCUCUCACCCUGGGAGUGUCUGCUGCAGGGCCUGUUCAAAACAGUCCAGAUCUUGCCUGCCGGGUCAAGGAAACGCUGUGCACAGCUCCACAGACCCCAAUGCCGUCAUACUCAGUCAUGGAGACCCCAAAGCUAAAGGAGGAGCUGAGCAGGUUUGGAGUCCGUGCUCUCCCAAAGCGGCAGAUGGUAUUGAAGCUGAAGGAGAUAUUCCAGUACACUCACCAAAGGGCGAGAAGCAAUUCCCAGGAACAGGCUCUGCAUCACAGCCCAGCACAGCCAGUCUUGAGAAAGCCUAAAUUGGCAGUUGCCUCCAACACCACUCAGAAGCAACUGCCAGGAUUUCCUGAGCCCCGCUUGAUGGUUCAGGGGCGCCAAACUGUCAGUAGCUUCAGGAAUCCUGAGGGAGGCGAUUGGGGCCUUGGGCAGAUGGCUGAGCCACGCUGUUCAGGGUGGCCGAAGGAGACUGCUUCAUCUCCAGCAGGGAGCCCCCAUGGCUCAGCAAAUAGAGCUUCUCAGGAAUCAGCUGGGUCUUCAGGGACUGACAGUGAGGCGGCUUCUGUAGCAUCACAGAGUUUUUCAGCUGAGGUUAGCAUGCUUACUGAGGAGGAAGAGGAGCAUGUCCCGGAGACUCAGGCUGCAGCCCAUGAAGCCUUGCAGCACUAUAUCCAUUCGAAGCCUUCUCUGUGUCGCCAGAUCUUGCUGUAUCGGCCCAUUGAGCUGGCUGGGCUGCAGGCAGAACUGAAGCAAAAUGGCAUCAAGAUUGCUAUGGGCAACCUGGUGGACUUCCUUGAUGCUCACUGCAUUACCUUUACCACUGCAGAAGCCCGGCGAGAGAAGCAGCACCAUUUACAGAGGCCCCCCAAAAAGGGGAGACGGCGGUUCUGAGAUACUUCUAAGAGAUGGCAGCAUCAGGGUCUUCAUGGCAGAAACGCUGCUGGUGUCCUUUUGACUUUCCGUGCAGCUGCUGAUCCUUUUUCUGCUCAUAUUUUCCCUUUGCUCCAGCCUGCUUGUUCCCUGGAAGAGGUGUGGCUGUGAUGACUUGGAUCAUCCCUUCUGGAUUAUGUAUUGGGACUGAGCUGUGCAGGAGGGUUGGUCUCUCUGAGCGUAGCUUUGCUUUGGGAGAAAAGAGCUGCUCCUGUAGUCAGUCCAAAUGUCCCAGGACCAGUUUGGGUAAGCAAGGAUGACACUUGCUGAUUCUCGUUGUGGUUGCUUCAAGGCAGCCAAGUGCUUACAGUAAUAGUAUAGUAGCAGCAUAAUCUCCCUCUGUUUUCUCUGGCCUAGAUUCAGGCUCUCCAGCACCUUGUUUUCCUAGGGCUUGAGUGCCCCUGUCUACCAGCGUGAAUUUCUAGAAUGUAUUCAAGUUUUAAACAGGUGCGUUUAACAUGUCUAUGUAAUAAAAAUAUCUCACAACAGUGAGUGACACCAAGAGAGAGGGAUACUGAAUAAGAAGGAUCCUUCAAGAUGCCCUUCCCAUAUUUAGGAUGAAACUGCCAUCACUGCCUUCCAGAUGUUUUGCUGGCCGGCCUGGAGUUUAGUGUAGUGAUCUGGAGCCCAAGGCCACUUUUGGUGCAAGGGAUGAAUAAUUGGUGCUUGUUUUUCUAGCUGCUCCUGUGUAAGAAAAAUGGAGUUGAAAGCAUUUGUCCCACUGUGGUCCAGAAACCAAUAAACCAGAGGAUAAUGGCUUAGCUAA